AUGAAGGCGGGGGGGGGGGGGGGGGGGGGGGGGGGGGGGGGGGGGGGGGGGGGGGGUGGGGGUGGGGGGGAGGGGGGGUGGGGAGGGGGGGGGGGGGGGAGGGGGGGGGGGGGGGGGGGGGGGGGGGUGGGGGGGGGUAGGGGGGGGGGGGUGGGGGGGGUGGGGGGGGGGGGGGGGGGGGGGGGGGGGGGGGGGGGGGGGGGGGGUAGGUGGGGGGGGGGUGGUGGGGGGGGGGGGGGAGGGGGGGGGGGGGGGGGGGGGGGGGCAUAA